GAACUACAGGACUGUAGUGUGUCCCUUUUUCCGGCUCAGGAGUGGAUGUGUAGUUAAGGACAUAACUACCUUCAACGCGGAUGUCCUCCUGUGAAACCACCUGUGUGUUCACCUGCUGAGCUCGCCCCCGUUUCCUGCUGUGAUUUGUCCAAACACCUGGCCCUGUCUGCGUAAUAUGACGCUCUAAUUUAACGGGACGUUUCAGUGUCGUCAAAAAACAGCUGGAUGCUACUCGGUUAGCCCCGCCAGCCUUAGCAGAGCUGCAGCCUCUGCAGAAGGCGUCAGGUUCGGUCUGUGCUGCAGGACUUCAAGGAUGGACCACUGCAUUGUAAGUUACCUGAAGCAUAACUCGGUCGUCUCAUAUAUCAUGUUGUCAUGCUUAGAGAAAGGGAAAUAAUCAAGUGUUUAAUACCGUGUAGCUCCUAGUUCUGACCUUAACCUGUUGUUUUGCUGUGUGUGUGCAGUGAUCGGAGAAGAUGAGGAGCCGCAGUAACUCAGGAGUGAGGCUGGAUGGAUAUGCCAGGCUGGUCCAAGAGACUAUCCUGCAACACCAGGUUAGUCCACUGUUAUUCAGCCUUUUUUAAGCCAUUGUACAUUUUUUCAUUAGAAAAAUCAGGAGGCACACAACCAAACAAAAACGUUACUAAAUGCCACUUUGUAGCCCCAAAUACAGUUUAUACAAUGACAAUAUAAUCUCUCAAUUUAUUCAUACUCACUCAGUGUGAAACCUGGGGCUGCAGAUUACAGCACAGACACUUGAGAAUUGCAUAGUAUUUGCAGAUAAUAAGUUGUUAAAAAAUAGACCAGUAAAGUAAAAUUGGAUAAUUUCUCAGGGUACACCUGACUACCUAAUUGAAAAACACUGGGUUAGUCUUCUGUCCACACAUACAAAGCAGGAUACAGGAGACCGAUUUCAUAUUCUGGUCACUUAUACAGCCUAGUAUUUGAAUCUAAAUAUACUUAAAGUGGUUAAAAUGGAUGUGAUUUGUGAUCAAUAUAGAUGCAAUAAUGUGAAGUAUACAGUUGUAGAGUUGGUAAAAGUGUGAAUAAUGUUAACCCAGGUUUAGAUUGAUUGCCUUUUGUAUCACUUCAAAAGACAAGUUUAUGACACAGGUAUUUGCUGUUAUAUUGUCUAUACACAAGUCAAUGAACAGCAUUAUUGAGCAGUUCCUCUUACAGCCAAACUUUGUUAACUUCAUCAAAGUUUCUGUUUCUGCUGAGGUCUGUUUUUUCCCCGGCUCCAUGCUUUGAGAGAGCAGAACAAAUAAUUUCCCUUUUCCAGGAAAAUAUGUAAACAACUAUUUAUAAGAACUUGGGCAGCGGAAGUUUCCCCAUGCUCUGUGAUUGACCAGAUUGAGAAGUUACUCUCAACACAGUGCCUGGAAAAAAAAAAAAAUGUAAAAAAAUGUGGUGAAGUAUGAAGUAUGAAUUCAAAUUUAAUGGAAGCAUGUAGAGUUGAGUUAAAAUUGUGAAGAAGUUGUUUUUUUUUAACCAGACUGAGGUUCAUAGGAACAAACAAUGUGUGAGCAAAGUUCAGUCCCUGGAAAAGGCGGAGGCCGGGCGCGCUAUGCCCUCUUAUCUACAAACACUUGAGUUCACAUUGAGGCACAGUCAACAGCUGUUUAAGUUUAAAGCUGUGACCCGGAGAGAUGACAGACGAUGGAAAACAGUGCCAACAUACAGAUAUACAUUCAAGAGUGUGCGUUUACCGUCUUUCAAAGGAGGGAGGGACAACUGAAACAAUGUUAAUUAUUACUUUAAAUAUAAUAACCUGACUAAAGAUAGCAUCAUCUGUCACUGAUUGAGACUUGAUACUGAGUUCAGCUGUACUGAUCUGUUUCAAACUCUUUUAGAAACAGAUAAGAAUAUAAACUGAUGCUCAUGACAUGUGAAAGAAAACUAUUUCUAUAUAGUUAUUUUUAAAGCCCAUAAAUAAUACCUUGAGGAUGGUGUAUGACUAAGCAAUUUAUAACAUGGUGGCUUAAGAGCCAUUGUCCAAAUAAUUGAAGUUUCUAGCAGCACAUUAGCAAAAUUCAAUGAACAAAUAUGACCUUUAAGCUGUAAUAACUAUUAAAUAGUGUCUGACCUUUUCUCUCUAAAUUACUGCAAUUAGUCAGUAAAAAAAAACGGAUUGAGAUUCAUUAUUAAGCUCUGGUGUGUGUGUAUUUGUUUCAGAACGCAGUAACAGGACUUCUGCCCGCCAGUACGGAGAAGAAGGACGCCUGGGUAAGGGAUAAUGUGUACAGCAUCCUGGCAGUAUGGGGGCUGGGCAUGGCCUACCGCAAGAACGCAGACCGCGAUGAAGACAAGGCCAAGGCCUACGAACUGGAACAGGUGUGUUUUUCACAGAGAGGGUCAAUAUGUACACCAGUGACUGUUUGUUCUCUCUGUUAUUUGAAGGGUUAAAUAUUCAAGAGCGGUCAGCUAUCGAGCUUAGUUUAGUUUUCUUAAAUAGAGGUCUAACAACUAUUCUCUAAUGAUAAAAUGCAAAGUCAUCACAACAAUUAGACAGUUGACUAACAUGAAAAUAAAACUAAUAAAACAAUGGAGAUUAAAAUGUAGUUUAUAACUUCAGAAAGUUAUGUGGCAUCUUAUAAAUAAAUACUACUGUUUAAUUCAUGAUCUUAUUUUGUGCCUAUUGUUUGGAAUAGAUAAAUAUGUUAGAUAUCCUUCUUGACCUUGUUAGUUUGAUUUUGAUGAUUUGCAGUAGAUCUAAAUAAUUUAUAUGUGAUCACAUAUUCAAAAACUGUACUUCAAUGGAGCUGUGAUGCAUUCACAUUUUACAGUGAUGUCCUCUUUCACUAUUCUGCUAUACUAAUGUGCAUUUAGCUGUGAUGCACUGGCAUAAAUAAAUAAGUGCACUUGGAGGGUGUAGGAAAAAACUACACGUUCACUGGCUCCAUGUAUUCUAAGUUGGUUCAGUUGAGUGUUUAGAGCAGCAGUGAUCUGUGAUUUUUACUCAUGCAUACAGUGGUAUAGAAAAUAAGUGUCAUUGUUGCAGCGUGUGCUGAUAAUGCUGUUUUCUGGCAGAGUGUGGUGAAACUGAUGAAGGGACUUCUUCAGUGCAUGAUGAGACAGGUAAGAGACGACUGUGAUCUCAUUAAAUAUUUGGUUCACAUGUUAAAACUUGUUAUCCAUAAAUGUGUUUAAAGGGAAAACUCACCAUGUAAAGGAGGUUUUUUUUGUAUUUAGACAGACUGUUUUGAUGUAAACUCUUUCUUCAGAUUUCUGCUCAGAUUUGGCACAGGCAUGUGGGAACAUACAGUAGGUGGAAGGUAAAGAAAACAAAUGUGUGUGAAGGCCCGGCUGCAUCGACAGUACGUGUUGUUUAUUGCUCUUUCCUUACAUGACUGGGAGUAAGAUGGAGAUGCCAGUUUCUCAGCAGAGUGUUGAAAUCCUGCUGUGCUCAGGGGGGAAUCAUCCUCUGCUGCAGCAGUAUAAACAUUUUAAGAAAUGACUCAUGAGAUGUUGAGGAGAGGGCGAUGAGUGAGAGCCCUGAUAAUGUUUUAAUAAUCCGUACAGUGAUAUGAAAAAGGUCACUGUUUACUGUGUCUACAUUAUGCCCUGUAAAAUAUGAUAACUGUUCAUGUUGAAACACUGUUUAAGAUGAAUGUGACUGCAGAUUUUACAGUAAGGACAUCCACUGGUCUUCGAGAUGCUGUCCACAAAGCUGAAUUAUCCCAACUUAAUAUCUGUUAACUGUGAGCGUCAGCACCAAUCUCUGCCCUCUUGUGCACUUUGUAUUUUCAUCAUGCUUGUUUGCGUGUUUGUGUAUCCUCAGGUGGACAAAGUUGAGAAGUUCAAACACACCCAGAGUACAAAAGAUUGCUUACAUGCCAAAUAUGAUACUCCAACAUGUGCUACUGUUGUCGGAGAUGACCAGUGGGGUCACCUCCAGGUGGACGCCACCUCUAUUUACCUGCUGAUAUUGGCACAGAUGACAGCUUCAGGUAAAGACGUGUUGAAGUUUCUUGUUUAUUCUAUUUGCAAUUAUUGAGAAAGUGUUUUCUUUUUUAUUUCAAAUUGAAUAUGGAAUGGAAAAUGUCUGACUCCUUUGUGGUAUCAGUAAGAUAAGACAGCAGAGAGACAUGUUUGCUGCUUGGUUACCUGUCUGUCUGUUGAUCCUUGAGUAUUUCAUGUCACCGCGCAGGUCUUUGUAUCAUCUCUAACCUGGAUGAGGUGGCAUUUAUCCAGAACUUGGUCUUCUACAUAGAGGCUGCAUACAAAGUGGCGGUGAGAGACAUACUUAAAGGUUUCUGAAAGCAAGACGUGAAAAUUUUACAGCAAUUUUUGAAACAAGAUUGAAUUCUAGCCUUUUUUCAGUGCUUCUAUGUGGCAGAUGCAAAUUUGCUUUGAAAUAAAGCAAAUCUAGGCGUUCACUGGAUCAAAACAAAGCUGUAAUAAAGCCAAGACAGUCUAGCUGCAGACCUCCACUGAGCGUACUGGAAGUAGUUUGAAGCCUUUCAAUAUAAAAGCAAAUAUAUCAGGAGUAUGUUUCUUUUUUUAAAUCUAUAGUUUAUUAAAAGUGAGAACACCGGGAAGUGUGUAUUUUUUUCUUCGGGAUUUAUUUUAUGUUCAUAAUGUUAAUAAGAUUUUUUUGUGUAUUCAUGUGGUCAACAAAAACAAAAUACAAAACGGGAUGACCACAACAAACUGGAAUGCGUGAGAAAUAAUGUCACCUAAUGUCUCCUCUCAGUGAAGGUCUGCAGCCAGACCACUCUUAAUAAAGCACUUGUCUCAAAAUACAACUAAAGUAGAGAUAUGUUGAAAUAAAGGAGUAAUUAAAAAGCAGGGAGAGUUUAGAGACUGAAGAAUUGAGUAAUAUAUUGUGACCUUUUUGCCCUUUAGGAUUAUGGGAUGUGGGAACGCGGUGACAAGACCAACCAGGGCAUCCCUGAGCUCAACGGCAGCUCUGUGGGAGUUGCUAAAGUAAAGGAGCCACUAACUUUAUUUGUGAUACUCUUGACAUGAUGAAUCAAACAAGAAAACAGAGUUUAAACACGUGGCAACGCAUGAAUGUGUGCUUACAUGUUUGCAGGCAGCUCUAGAGGCCAUCGAUGAGCUGGACCUCUUUGGUGCCCACGGGGGCCCGAAAUCCGUCAUCCAUGUUCUGCCUGAUGAAGUGGAGCAUUGUCAGGUACUGUUGGCUUUACCUCCAACCCCCCUAUCAUUGUUUUUCCUCUUUCUCCCUCCUCUCAGCAUGUCUGUGUGUUUAUUUUCUCUACAGUCCAUCCUCUGCUCUAUGCUGCCGAGAGCUUCAACCUCAAAAGAAAUAGAUGCUGGUCUCCUGUCCGUCAUUUCCUUUCCAGCUUUUGCUGUUGAAGACGCCGACCUGGUGGCUAUCACCAAGUCUGAAAUCAUAAGCAAACUGCAGGUACAGCCUGAGCACCCAUGUAGAAGUAACAUUAGGUAAUAGAAAUUUACAUGUCAGCCAGUAUACUCAAAUGUCCACUUUGACUGUCAUUUGAGGGUCGUUAUGGCUGCUGCCGCUUCAUCAGGGAUGGGUAUCGAUGUCCCAAAGAGGUCAGAUACUCCUCUUAUUUAAAUUCCUAAUGCUUGUGUUCAUAAUUUGUCUGAUUCAUUGUUGUGUAAGAUAGUUUUAAAAUCCGAGCUGGCAGUUUGUUGAUGUCUGUUAUCCCGUUAGGACCCUUCUCGGCUUCACUACGAUCCUGCAGAGCUGAAGCUGUUUGAGAACAUUGAGUGUGAGUGGCCUGUGUUCUGGACUUACCUCAUCCUGGACGGUAUCUUUGCUGAAGAUCAAGUUCAGGUAACAGAACCUUUCCUUAAGCAGAUCAUACUGAAUUGUGUGCACAGUCCUGUAAUAUCAUGUCAGAAUUUAAAUGCAGAUGUAAUGUGAACAGAUUUCUGUGUUUUCCCCUCAGGUCCAGGAGUACCGUGAGGCACUAGAGGGCAUUUUGAUCAGAGGGAAAAAUGGCAUCAAACUGCUGCCUGAACUUUACUCCGUACCUCAUGACAAGGUAUGUCAUCUCAAAGAGAAAAUAAAAACAGUGUACACUUUUAACUCGUCUGACCAGCCGAACCAGUUUGUCAAAGCCUCAUGAAAGACAUCAGAUUCUGUUUUUAACCCGGCCAUCAGGAAGCAACUUUUGUUUGUUGACUGGCCACAUCUUUCUUUAACUGCAUGAAGUGUUUCCAGACUAGCAGCAACAGUUUACUGUCAAACCUGCUAAGCUGAACAUUAAAUGUCACAUCCCUGUGAAAGGUAGAGAUAUAACCAGACAACUUAAUACAAAAUGUAGGGGUAAACCAUGAACCUGACUGACAGCAUGAGCUAACUGUCAGCAAGAAUGGCAGAGCUGUAUCUCUCUUCCUGGGUGUCUUAUUCUGAGCUUCCCUGCUGUGAAUAGACCUGGUGAAGUCUGGCCUGAAUAGGUGAUGACCAAUUAUGCCAUCAGCACCUACAGGAAACUGAGGUGCAGGGUUUUAUUCUGGCUUCCUGCCUCAUUUGUGAUAAGUACCGCGCUAGUCGUAUUGUAAGCAUGUUAGCUCAUAGACAUAGUUUUAGGUGUAAACUCCUGCUAUAAGCUGCAAUCCUGCAUAGGUUUUAAUAAAGUCUGGAACAUCAGGGACUAACAGACUGUCAGUUUUCUUGCCUAUCAACAUUUUGAUCAUGUUUUUUCCAGGUUGAGGAAGAGUACAGCAAUCCUCACACAGUGGACAGAGUGGCUAUGGGACAGCUGCCGCACAUGUGGGGACAGUCACUCUACAUCUUGGGCUGUCUGCUGGCUGAGGUAGUCUUAAGUCUUUGUACAUCACCCUUAAUUAUUUAGAUUUUAAACAUAUAACUGUAUUUUUAAAGCAAAAGUCAUUGGUGAGUGUGGAUGAAAUGUUGUAAAUGAGUUAAACAGUUGCUGGUAUGAAAUACCUUUGUUGCAGUGCUGUGCACAGAAAUUCAGACAGUUUGUGUUUUUAACUACAAACUCUUUCCUCUUCCCUCUGUGAUGGUUCUCUCUCUGCUUUGUUUUUAAGGGUUUUUUGGCACCAGGGGAGAUCGAUCCCCUCAACAGGAGAUUCUCUACAAGCUUCAAGCCAGAUGUUGUGGUUCAAGGUCGGUGAGCAGUUAUUAGAGGAAAAUGUAAGCCUUAAAAAAAAAAUCCUGGAUCCUGGAAAAGCUCAAAAUCUGACUUUGGACAUUUUACUUUAAACACUUUAGGAUAAAAAUGAUCAGUGUUUCUAUCUUCACUACGAUCCUCUAAAAAGUAGCUCUUUAAACUCAGAUUUGUUUUGUCAGACCAACAGCUUUCAUUCAUCUCAGUAGGACCUGUUUUUGUUCUGUUUUCUUGUUAUUUAAAGAAAUAAAACCUCACUCACACACAACAAGUGGAAGGUUUAUUUCCAACAUGUCAGAUUUGGUGUUUUAAUUACAGAUGUCUUCGUAGCAGCCAUGUUGUAAUGAUUAUUUUUCUCAAUUUGUGUGUAAGUUUGUGUUCUGGCAGAGACAGAGGAGAUUCAGGAGCUGUUGAGUGAUCAUGGGAUCACGGUCCAGACCAUGUCAGAAGUUCUGCCUAUCAGGGUCAUGCCUGCCCGUAUCCUGAGCCAUGUCUACGUUCGACUGGGUAAAGGAGGGCUUAUCACUCUUUUCAGUUGUGUUCAGGUGUGUCUAAUAGUCAAAGUAACACCUCGUCUGAUUAUUAAAGGUAACUGCAAGAAACUGAAUCUGAGCGGGAGGCCGUACCGUCACAUCGGAGUCCUGGGUACAUCCAAGUUCUACGAGAUCAGAGAUCGCACUUAUAUGUUCAUCCCACAGGUGAAGUGAAGAUGAGAUGUUCAUAAUGACAAUAAUAAGAUUAAAGAUAAAGGGUUGUAAUUAUUAAUUUCUCUCUUUCUUUCGUUCUUUGCCUGUAUAUUUUUCCCUGUAUCUGUCCAGUUUUUGGAUCAGCAUCAUUUCUACCUGGCUCUGGACAACCAGAUGAUUGUGGAGAUGUUACGAACAGAGCUGGCCUACCUCUCCUCCUGCUGGAGGAUGACAGGACGGCCCACACUCACUUUCCCGAUCACCCGCAGCAUGUUGGGUAAUUUAGCUUUUAAGGAAACGAUUAUACCACUGAAUCUAUUUUUGCGCUUUAGCUUUGAGCUGCAGGAAACAAUUUAAAUAAAAUAAACUGUGCAGUUGGAGCUAAACUAGAUAAUCUAGUUUUUCAGCGCAUUGCAUUGCAGGACAAACCAUAUAAAUCACUCUAGCCUAAAAAGGUUUGUUAGUCUUUGCUUGCUAAGAGCAGCAUUUAGUCUAUUCUGUCCCUUUUCAGAUGACACUCUUCAGCAGAAACUUCAAUCUUAUUUUGUUGUUUGAAUCUGGAAGAUUCUGUUUUUAGUAGUUAGACAAACUUUGACAUUCAAAACUUUCUGAAAGUUGAACAAAAUGAACAAUUUCAACUCUGCCAAUCUAAAUGACACCCUACUUUGAUAUUUUGUCAAAUUAUUCCACUUAAUAUCUUUAUAUAUAUACUCUUUAUGUCCAGGAGAAGAUGGAGAUGUCAUUGACUCAUGUAUCCUGGCGACCGUUAGGAAACUACAAGAUGGGUAUUUUGGUGGAGCGAGGUCUGUUUUCUUCUCGAACACACAGCUACUAUGUGAUGUUAGUCAUUAAAUACCUUUCAUACAACAGUAUGUGUUCAUUCUCCCGCCUGUGUGGGUAUUUUGUGUGCAUCGGACCACAGAGUGCAGAUGUCAGACCUCUCCAGUUUCCAGACCACUUCCUUCCACACUCGCCUCAGCUUCCUGGAUGAAGAGAAUGACGACAGCCUCCUCGAGGAUGAGGAUGACGUUGAUGACGACGAGUAUGGACAGGAGUACAGCAAGUUUGGGCCCGCAGGUAUUAGAGCACAAAUACUGUGUGUGUUAGUGUUUGGGUCAUAUGUGAUUAAGUAUAACUGUAAGUAACAGAGUUCAUUAUUUACCUGCAGAGGGCUCAAAAGACAUGUUUGACCAGUACCUCACCCAGCUGCUCCACAGCACCACCGUCAAGUGCCAUCUUCCUCCCAUCCAGAGGGGGCAGCACCAUGUCUUCAGUGCUGAACACACCACCAGAGACAUCCUGUCUUUUAUGGCCCAGGUCCAGGGUCUGAAUGUACCCAGUGAGGUUUUUUUUUAUGAGUUUAAUAAUUUGGUAGAAGUCAGUUUUCACUUUGAAUGAUGCAGCUGUCAAAGGUGGAGUAAUUGAUAAGAUAAGGUAAUGCAGAGUUAAAGGUGGGGUACAGUUGGGGUUAUAUUUUAUAGGUACAUAGGUAAAGAUAAGUUGCAUAGAUAUUGUUUCAAAGAUCAGUGUUGUCUGACUUCAUAACACGUAGUUUUAAUUUGUAUUUUUACGUGUUUCAGAGACCUCCAUGUAUCUACCUGUCACUCCUGUAAAAAGCAAACACCGCAGAUCCCUCAACCUACUUGAGGUUCCUCAUUAUCAGCAUAGUUCAAAUGUAAAGCAGCACAAGGUAGGUACAUCAGAUCUCCUCUACCACCAGCCUAGUUUCUUAAUUUAAGGUGUAUCUCUCUAACACCGUCAUCCCUCACAAGCCUCACAGUGCUGCUGAUCUGCACCUGCCCCGAGACUCCCAGGGCAACACGGACUUUGCAGCGCUGGUGAGGCAACUGAAGGAGUGUCCGACUCUGCAGGACCAGGCCGACAUCCUCUACAUCCUCUACAUUAUGAAGUAUGCUAAAAAAAAAAACUGUCAACACACACACACACACACACACACAGCUUAAUGUGAGUGAUUUUAUCCUGACCUGACUUUUGCUGUCUUCUGAUGACCAGAGGAGCUGAUUGGCUGGUGGAGUUGUCAGGUCCUGGGCAGGGCGGGGUCAGUGUGCGCGCCCUGCUGGAGGAGCUGUAUGUACAAGCUGGAGCCUGCAAAGAGUGGGGGCUCAUCAGAUAUAUCUCUGGAAUACUACGCAAGAGAGUGGAGGUCCUUGCUGAGGUCAGUCACAGUGACAAAGUACCGGCUCUUCUGUCGUUAAAUUUCAUAUUUACACCGUUGACAUCUGAGCCUUUCAUUUAGUCUAACAGCAUCUUUAGGGACAGUAGUCUGAGAAUUUUUUUUUUCAUUCGUAACUAAAAAAAACCUUGCAAACCUCUGGAUAGCUACCUCAGUUAAUUGAAACCCCAGUCAUACCCGUCAGCUAACAGUGUUUUUUGCUCUUGUGGUGUCUAUUUUCUUUACAAAGCCGUCCGUUCAGUGUUACCAGAGCAAAAAAAAUACCCUUAGCAUCAGCUGUUUUUUGUUGCUGCACUCGCAGCACUCUCAGAUCAAGAUAGCUCAACUUCAGGAACACUGCCAAAGUCAUUAGCGUCACUUCCCCCCACUUAUCAAUCGAAAUCAAGAAAAGGCCAGACUUUGUCAGCAACAGUGAGGGAGGACAAACUAGCCAGACUUGUUUUGUAGAGAGUAGAACUUCAAAGUCUAAAUACGUUUCUCUCUGUCAAUCUGAUUUCUGUGAAAUAGAAAAUAUUAAGCACACUGAGCAAGGAAAGUGUAAAGCCUGGUUUAUUCUUCUAUGUCAAAUCUAUGCUGCAGCGUAUGUCUUAGGUUCACAUAUCUGUACCUGUGCAGACUCCUCAAAAAUGUGACAUGAAUGCAACAGAGGCUGCAAACCUUGUGAUUGGUCAGCUGGGUAGCAUCAUCAUUUCCUGCACUUACACUUUCAAAAAGCUGUACAUUACAUCUCCUCCAAUUUCAAGGUGCUAAACUUUUGCUCAACAUUCAUCAGCUCCAUCUGGAACAUUGUACUACACUUGGAUUCAGUUACUGCGGGCUUAGUUACACAAGCAGAGAAUGGAGGCAAACCCUAAACUGGCAAUAGUGUCCAAAGAAUACGCCUGAGAUUUAACAGUAUUUGCAUGCUUCAUAUAGCUUGUUUAGAAAAUGUUCAGUAACACUUUACUUGACGCCUAUCUCUUAAACGCAUAUGUAUGUAUAAUGUGUUAUAAUCAUGUUAUAGCACCGUGUAAUUAUAGUUAUAAACACUCAUAAAUGAUCAUAAUGCUUUACAGCAAUAAUCAUAACACGUUUUAAAGCAUUUUAUCAUGACUUACAAGGUCAGAUAUUAUAAUGUGUUACUUACUGUGUCUUACUUAUUGUUAUAAAGCCUUAUGAUAACUAAUGAAUGUUUAUAAUGAUAGUUAUACAAGUUUAUAAGCACAUUAUAACACAUCAUAAAUAUAUGAAUAAUGCAUUAUCUAUGUAAGCAUUGUCAGUGAGUUGUUAAUAGUUAUAUCACAUUAUAAUACCUGACUUUGUAAGUCAUGAUAAAAUGCUUUAUAAUGUGUUAUGAUUAUUGCUGUAAAGCAUUAUGAUCAUUUAUGACUGUUUAUAACUAUAGUUAAACAGUGCUAUAACGUGAUAAUAAUGCAUUAUAAAUAUAUUAAUAAUGCGUUAUAGAGAGGCAUCAAGUAAAGGUUUACCAAAUGUUGUACUUGGAAUGAGGUCUAAUCCAAAGUAUCCCUCAGGCCUGCACAGAUCUGAUUUCCCAUCACAAGCAGCUGACUGUAGGUCUUCCUCCUGAACCAAGGGAAAGAGUCAUCACAAUGUAAGACACGGUUAUUUUUGUAAAACUGAGCUGGUUGUGAGAUUAAAGGAUUUAUUUACCACAAAACAAACCAACUCUUUCUUGCUGUUUCUCUUCAGUCCACUCCCUCCUGAGCAGUUAAACAGUCUCAUCUUUGAAGCCAGUGGUCAGGACAUCAGUGUCGCUGUUCUCACUCAGGUAAAACAUGAACUUUGAAGACUUCUAUGAAACCCUUUCAAUCUUAUCCUCAAGUUAUAACUGUGUCUGUGUGUGUCUUUCGCUCAGGAAAUCAUGGUCUAUCUAGCCAUGUAUGUGCGCUCCCAGCCAGCUCUGUUCGGGGACAUGCUGCGGCUCAGAAUCGGACUCAUCAUGCAAGUGAUGGCCACUGAGCUAGCUCGUAGUCUGCACUGCUCUGGUACAGAAAACUCAAAAUAAAAGAUCACAUUAAUCACGAACAGCUGUGGACAUACACAGACUGUCCUGCACUGUGAGAAAGAAAAAUAACUGUGUGGCUUUUCCAGGGGAGGAGGCUUCUGAGAGUUUGAUGAGCUUGAGUCCCUUUGGCAUGAAAAGUCUGCUGCAUCACAUCCUCAGCGGAAAAGAGUUUGGGGUGGAGAGAAGCAGUGAGCUUUUUCUCUUUUUUUAAUGUUUCCUUCCUCUCUUCUUGCCUUCAAACCACACAUAUGCUUUCAUUUACGUCACCAUUCAUUUAAGGCACUAGGCAAGAUUUUCUAUGUCAAAAUAACUGUAAAAGGCGUGUGAUUGUCAUUGCCAGUCACAUAGCUGCGACCAUCAGUGGCGUGCAGAAAUUGAAGACCUAAGCAAUAAUCCAGAUGUCUAGAACCAGCCUACUGAAUAACUUGAUCACAGUAUCUAUGAUUUUCUUAAAUUGGACCUGUUUUAAUCCCUGUCCAUCAGUGCGCCCGAUCCAGUCCACAGCCACCAGUCCUGCCAUCUCCAUCCAUGAACUGGGCCACACAGGAGCCACCAAGACCGAACGCUCAGGAAUACACAAGCUAAAGAGUGAGAUAAAACAGGUGAGGGGCACAGGUGCAACAAGAGAGAGUGACCCUAUAUGUAUGCUGAGGUGUGCUCUUCAUGUACUCUGCCUCUCUCUCUCUCUCUUUCUUUCUCUCUCUGUCUUUCAUUUGUUUAAUCAAUCUAAUGUCUUUCGUAUCCUAAUGAUAACGGUUCUUGCUUUUUUUACAGCUGGAUGGCUCUCGGCCUCUCAGUGUGGGUUGAGUCUCAUAACUUUGAGCAUGUGACUUUUUUCUAACGUCUGUCUAAAUAAUCAAACAGCCGGCUAAAUCUUCAUCAUGAACCAGUCUAAACCAGUCGCUAACUUUCCAUUUCAUGAGCCAAAAUGCCCUCCAUAGUUGGUAGUGCUCAUUAUUAUAACAUUUCAUGGACACGUGUCCGAAUCAUCUGUCUCGGGAUCAUUCAUGCUGUUUUCAAAGAAUUUAACUUUUUGACAUUUUUCAGAUGAAAUGUCUCCGGUUUCAUCAUGACCAUUGUUUGAAGAAACGUGACAUACAUAUCAAACUUUUCUCUGUCAUCUGUCAUUCAUUUUCAUGCGUAGAUCGUCAGCGGCGGCGUUUCCUUGAAUAGCACAGUCACCUCUCCUCGCUCCACGGUAAACCAUUUCACCUCAUCUGCUUUUAAUGAUCCGAAUUGAUCGACGUUUGGCUGUCAAAGAGUCAAUGUAGUGAGACAGUCGGUUAAAAGAUUCCACAUGUCCAGCAUAAUUUAAGGACAAAGCUGGUGUUUAUCUUUUUAUUAUCUUCAGCAAAUACCCUCACAAAAGACUUCUUUUUCCCAGUUUGAGCUGGGGGCUUUUUUGUGAAUUUUCCUCAAACAAAUUGAGGGUCAAAGGUAAAAAGGAUGCCUUUUGAUGUCCGUUUUAGGCUAAAUUUGUGAAUUUGGUCUCUGUACAUUAAAUAAUACUAGCUCAGUGACUUAGUACGUGAGCAGUUGUGGUGGUAAAGCUCAUUUGGCAUAGUAUUUAGAAGAAUAAAUCAUAUAAGUGUAAGCUGUAGCAGGCUGUAGUUAAAUGGUUAACACUUAAAUAAGUUGAAUAAGUAUUUCUUCUUUUUAGGGUAUUUGUUCUUUCUAAUAAUAAAAUCAGAAAUUAUGACAGAGUAUUAGGGCCACAUUAAGAAAAAAAUGACUUCAAGAUUAAAGUCCGUAAUUUAUGAGAAUAAAGUCCUAAUAAAAUCAUUUCUUAUGAACAUAAAGUCGUAGUGAAAUUAUUACUUACGAGUAUAAAGUCCUUCUAUUCAAACCUGUUGUUUAAGGUGACAGUUGUUGAAAUGAGAGUAAUGGAGCGUUUUGUGAAAAUGUACUUAAAUAUUAGUUUCUCAAAUAAGGAGAUACUUAAUCUUUUGGCUCCAAAUUAUCAGAAGUAUUAUAAUGAUUUUAUUACAACUGUAAUUUUGUAUGUAAUUACUUUAUUACAACUUAAGUCUCGUAAGUAAUGAUUUAACUACGACUUUAUUCCCGUUAGUAAUGAUUUUACUACGACUUUAUUUUCGUAAUUACUUGCUUCUCGUACAUGAACAACUUUAAUCUUGAAGUCUAAAUUUUUUUUCUUAAUGUGGCCCUAAUACUCCGUCGUAUAAAACGACACCAGCUCUGUCCUUUGUUAUAUCUGCUUCAGUGUCCUGUUCUAACGAAUGUGAUAUAGCAUGAUAUCAUCGUGCAUGGAUGGUUGCAUGAACUGUGCAACUACAUGAGUGUUUAAUCUGAGAUUUUAUCACAAGAGAGAGGAAAACAUUUCAACCUUUUUUACAUGUAUUUUUAUGGUUUUAAGAUAAGAAGUGAUGAACCAGAAGUUUGUCUAUUCAAGUAACACGAUGCAAACCUUGUCUAUACUGUUGCUCUUUACAGUGCACUGUAGAUUGUGUGCAGGUAGCUUCGAGCUGUACUGACUUCUUAUUGCAUGUUGUACCUGAAUCUCACAGUUAUUGGAUGUUCCAGUGUAUUAAAGGAACCAGACUGAGAAAGCAUGAAUAGUGUUUGGAGUUUAAGAGGAGGUAUCGCUGUUGGUUCUGCAGUGAUUUAAACCUUUUAUUUUGAAAAGAUUAAAGUAGUAGGAAAGGCUUCAAAGCCCCUACGUUUAAACAGAAUUAUAAUUACAUUAGAUUUACUUCUGAUACUUAUUCAGAUAUUUAUUGAUAGAUGCUGGCAUGGCAUGUUCAGGUGCAUUAUCAGAGUGACACUACUGCCAUGUAGUAUAGUCAUAGUACUAAUGUGAUGUACAUGGAGAGAAGGUUGAAAACCGUAAAGGGGUUCCGCACCAAAAGUGUUUUAGCAGUAUCUUCUGCUGUAAUUGCAGCGUUGCAGCAGCCCCUCCACACCGAGUGGGAUCCUGUCUCCUGUGAGUACUGGUCCAAGUGAUGGACAGCUGCACUGGGAGGAGAGGCAGGGUCAGUGGCUGAGGCGGCGCAGACUGGAUGGAGCCAUCAACAGAGUACCAAUGGGUUUCUACCAGAAGGUCUGGAAGAUCCUGCAGAAGUGUCAUGGCCUGUCUAUCGAUGGAUAUGUGCUUCCUUCCUCUACCACAAGAGAGGUAGAUAUUCCAGGAUUUUUAGCUGCAGGUGACUUUAUACUUGUGUAUUUUAAUGUGUAUUUGUGUGUUUUUCUGUGCAGAUGACAGAAGGAGAGAUCAAGUUUGCAGUGCAGGUGGAGUCCGUCUUGAACCACGUCCCUCAGCCAGAAUACCGACAGCUGCUUGUGGAGACGGUGAUGGUUCUCGGUCUUGUGGCUGAUGUGGAUGUGGACAGCAUCGGGGGGAUUAUCUACGUGGACCGCAUCCUGCAUUUGGCCAAUGAUAUGUUCAUCAAUGACCAGGUACUACAGCUGAGAAGAUAACUAUUGGAGGUUAGCUCCCAUGUUGCAUUUUACGAGAGUUCACUAUUCUGUCUCUUCAUCCUCAGAAAGCCCACAGUGCCAGUGAUUAUUUCAUGGAGAAGGACGCAGCCACAGGAAUCUGCAACUUUUUUUAUGACAGCGCCCCUAGUGGCAGCUACGGCACUAUGACCUAUCUGUCUAAGGCAGUGACCACUUAUGUCCAAGACUUCCUUCCAAGUUCCAGCUGUCAGAUGCAAUAAAAACAUCCUAAAUAGGCAGGUUUAAAGGGAAAGGCAGUAAAAAAUCUCAUCAUCUGCUCAUGGAGUUUAUGAACUGCCUGUAAGUAUUGGGUAUUCACUUGAAAUAUACUCUAUGAUGUAACAUUAUGGCCUUGGCAGCUGAUAACAAACCACUACAUGAGCCUUUAUUUUACUUUAGACUUUUUUAUUACCUUAACAUGCUGCUCAAAUGCAUGUUUCCAUGUUUGAAGCAUUUACUCAGUAGAAAUUUGCUUAAAAAGCUAAAAGCACACGUGUGCUCUUGGUGUUGUGUGUGAGGUUUUAUUAGCUUUCAUGUCUUGUGACUCAACAUGUCGUGUAAUAAAUCUACUAAACCUUGAAUUUAUCAGAGGGAACAGUUUGAGAAUGAAAUUAUUGCACUGAAAACAAUUAUUCGUACUGUAAUAUGUUAUCCUGUUGGCAUUUUAUUUUAUUUUUAUCUAUCAGUAUAGUAAUUUAUUGCUGUUUUAUAAAGCUGACAGAAAAAAGUAGGGAAAAAAGCAACCAAAAUGAUUUGUAAUCUAAAGUGGAUUUUAUUUAUUAUUAGUUUUUUCCCUACAAAUGAUUUAUUUGUUCGUGAGAAUUCACCGAACUGUCCCCUCUGAUAACUUCUUUUAAUGCAGUAAUAAACUUAAACUUCCUUGUCGUUGUUGCCUUGUGUUAACAAUAACCUCCGUGAGGACAGAAUUUCUGAUUUCCUUGAAUGCCACAAUGUUUGUCUGUGUGUAAACCUGUGUUGUGUUCAGCGUACAAGAUGUAACCCAUCUGUCUGUGUUUGAGUGUUUCCCUGUUUUUGCUACUGUGUGCAUGUGUGCCUACGUACUGAGAGAUUAACUAUGUACAUGCAGAGAGGAUAAGUUAUUACGUGUUUUUUAAGAGGUGGAAAUACUGUAACAUAGUAGGUCAGUCUAUCCCUAUAGUAUUUCUAUGUACAGUAUAUGCAUGAUGUAUCUGUAAUGAAUGAAGUGACAUUAAAACCAGGAGUCAGUGAGGUACCGCAGAGGGUUAGAGUACGUCAUGGAGAGUCUCUGUAAGUCAUAAAAGAGUUCAGUGGAGUGCAUGUUUUAUAGAAAGACAUAAAGACAGAGUUUCAAAUAACUUUUAUCUCAGCGCUUUGAUUCUGAAAGCAAGUACGAGUUCAACGUUUGUAUAUUUUACUUCUAACUCUAGCUCUUCAAUAUGUAUAAAAUUACAGCUAAAUAUAAAAAUAUAUUACUAUUUUUGUUAUAAUGCGUAAAAACAUUUUGAACCUGUUGAAUUGUGUCAACAAGAAAGUUCAUGUUCAUUAAAAAAAAAAGUGGUUUACAGGAUGUUUGACUCAAACAAUAAUAAAAUAUAUAUUGUGUUGACCUCUCAUUUA